UCCUCACUUGCAAAUCUUCAAUUCAAAAACUGCCCGGCUGCUUUUGCUUUUUUACGAGUCCUCCGAGUCUUCUAACCGUCUCCAAGUAAGUUUCUUUCCUUCCUUUUCUGAGUCAUGUCAGACCGUGAGGAUAGCCAGAACCUUUCCGUUCACUCUUAUGGUUCUGGCGGCCGGUCUCCGACCUUUAGUUCCUCUUCUUCUUCUUCAUCCGCUGACUCCGAGCACCCGGCUACUUCUCCACAGAAGAAGCCGGUUGAUGCUUCCACUUGCGCUCCUUCUUCUCUCGUGGCGCAAGUGGCCUCGGUUGCCCAGCCCGGGGACGAGGGCUUCAUUCUGCUUGACAACCGGUUGGUUCAAACGCAAUCGUCGAUCAUGCAGAAGGCCCAAGUCCACGAGGUGCGCAACCAGAUGCCGGAUGGGUACCAAUUGACUUACCGGGCAACAUGGAAGAGCAUCAUCCCUCUCCAUGUCAGUACGUCGAUUGGCAUUCACUACCACUCUAUCAAGGACCUGGGCGAAUUCUCUAUUCACCCCUUCAAAGUCCUUUUCCUCGAGUCAUACGGUAUCAUGCCCGGGCAACUUGCCCUUAAUGGUCACCGUUUGUUAGGCAGCUUCAUCAAUGUCUGCCGGUUUCUUCGUAUUCCCCUCUCCCUUCGUCUCUUCGACCAUAUGUUCGAUGUCCGGCCCGGGUCCAAGGAAACCCUUGGAUUCGUGGUGGUGUCUUCUCACCAAGGCCGGGCAUUCCUCUGCGGCCUUCCGCCUUCUAACAAGAAGUGGAAGGACAAAUAUGUUUGUAUCAAAUUCCCCCCGGCUGCUUUUCCCUUUGCCCAAAAUGUCUGGGGGAAGAGAAUGAAGCGCCAGGUCAAACCUGCGGAAGCCGGCGACCUGGUUGCCUGGGAAGCCACCCUCAAGGCCGGGGACGCCUCCACCCGCGGUCUUUAUCACGUCGGGAAGUGGAGUGUCUACCUCGGUCGGGAGACUGACCCUGAGCCGGAGAUUAUCCUGCCCGGGGAAAUCCCCGAAGCCAUCCCCUUUCGCCAGGCGAGGGGACCUAAAGUCCUGGCCACUACCACUGUCGGUCCUUCACGCCCGGCAAAGAAGAGGAAGGAGAAAGUGGUGAAAUUCCAGUCAAAGUUCGCCGUUCCUAAGAUAGUGGUCGAGGAGCCCUCCUCCGCUCAGCCACUCACUCCUCCAUCCAACCAGCCGUUCCUGCUGGACGACCAGCCGGCUCGAUCUCACCAAGGAACCAGCCAGCCGAUCCACUCGGGGGAGAUCUACAUUAAUGUAGACACCUUCGAGUUUGAUAACAUGCUGGGAGAGACCGGCCACACUUCUCAGGCCGGGCUGACGGUUCAGCCUAAUGAGGAAGGCGGAGCCGAGGAGGAUGCUGGAGAGUCCCUUCAGCGGAAACGGCGGAAGACUGAAGAGGUCGACCAGCCAUCUCACCAAAAGGGCCAGUCCUCUAAUGCUGGCAAGGGGCCAAUAGUGCCCCGGUCCAAGAUUCUGAUGUCCAGGUCGGACGAAGAGCUCUUCCAAGCUUUUCGUGCUGACCUGAGUGAGGCCAGUCGGAUCGGGGAGGAGUACUUCACCCGGCUGGUGAAGUCCAAAGAAGAGGAGAUGGCCCGGAUGGAGGCCAUGAUGGUCCGGUGCUGGAAGGAUGCUCAGGCCGCUCGUGCCCUGGCGGAGAAGACGGAAGCGAAAUGGUUGGAGCACUGUACGGUCUACCAUCAGCUGUACGCCAAGCAUGAUGGUCUCCUCAAGGCUGCUAAAGAGGCCGAUGAGCAAGCCCAAGCCAAGAUCCAGCUCCUAGAGGCUGAAAAUGCUCGGUCGGCUGAGGAGAUCCAAAGGCUGGGGACCGAGAACGCCCGGUCUGCCGAGGAAAUCGCUCGGCUGGGGGAUGAGCUGGCCAAAGAGCAGUCGGAGCGAGCCGCCGUCGCCGCAGCCUGGGCUUCUCAAGCGCCUGAGGAGUUCGCCGCUAAGGCGUUACCCAACCGGGAGACGGCCAUCCGCUUCUUCCAAGGCUUGUACAAAUACGAGGUCUCGGCCGGCAUCGUAGACGAGAUUGGGACCUACGGAUUUGAAAGCGGCCAGUACUCUGAACGGAAGGCCCUCUAUGGCAUCCUUGAGCAGAGAAUCCAAGGCUUCUGGCCCAAGGCCCUUUCACUGCCCGAGCUGCAUGACGAGGCGCCCGUACCUCCAUUCCCGGGCAUCUGAUCCGUCCGGCCUUCUUUUCUCUUCUGAUUCUCUCUUUUUAUUAUGUAAUAUCCUGCCUCUGGGCGCUUUUUGUACACCGUUGAAAUAUUAAUGAAGAUAUUUCCUAUAU